AUGUCCGGACGACUCACCCAGAAGAUCUUGGGCCAUCUCGGCGUCGGCCUGCACCGUGACGGCAGCGAUGCCGGCGGAAGCCAUCAACCCUCGCAUCCACACCAACCGCAGCCAUACUCGGUUUCGGUCCCGCCAUCCUCGCCCCCGUCGUCGUCAACCCACCCGCCGCCGCUACCACCAACAACCGCCCCCGACCGGCUGGAAAUCCUGGCCGAGGAGACACUCCUUCACCCUGCAGGCGGGACCUACCCGCGGAUGUGCCGCCUCUCGGACGGAAGUCUGUUGUGCGUGACUACCGGCUUCCUAGGUCACGGCGAGCGUGUGCUGCAAGUCUCUCGCAGCACCGACAACGGGCGCACCUUCGUGCCCCACGGCGAGAUCGCCCGCGGGUCGGGCGACGUCGACAACGGCUUCCUGCUCGAAGUCCCCCCCUCGGCAGGAUCCGACCAGCCGCCCGUCGUCCUGGCCGCCUUCCGCAACCACGACCGCGGGCCCGGUCCGAAGGGUCACCCCACGCACUUCCGCAUCACCGUCUGCCGCAGCACCGACGGGGGCCGCACCUGGCGCUUCGCGUCGCAGGCCUUCGAGCAGAGCGCCGCCGCGAGCCGCGGCCUCGGCGUCUGGGAGCCCUUCUUGCGCCUCGGCCCCGACGCGGCCCCGACGGACUCCGGCGGCUACCCCGAGGUGCAGCUUACGUUCUCGCGCGAGCUCGCCCACAACGACCAGGAAACCUUCCGCGUGGAGUCGCGCGACGCGGGCGCCACCUGGUCCGCGCCGCCGCGGUGUCUGCAGUGCCACGGGCUCGGCGAGAACCUGCGGGACGGCAUGCAGGGAAUCGUGGCGGCGCGAGACGGCAGCGACGGGCGCGAGGCGCUGGUCGUCGUGUUCGAGACGACACGCCACGGCACCUUCAGCGUCGAGUACGCGGUGUCGUACGACGGGGGGCGGACCUGGCCCUCGCGCGACGAGGUAUACCGGCCGCGGCCCGGGCGCAACGCGGGGGCGCCGCAGAUCGAACGCGUGGGCGAUAGGGACGGCAGCUCGCGCAUGGUGGUCGUAUUCAUGACGGACGAGGACACGGACGCGCCGUCGUGGCCGCGGAAGGCGGCGGUCAAGGCGGCGUUCGCGGGGGGCCUGCGCGGCGGCCGGAUCGCCUGGAGCGCGCCGAGGCUGGUGCACGAGGCGCCCGCGUCCUGGCCCGGCGUCGCGAGCACGGGGCCCGACGAAGUGAUGGCCGUGUACGAGCACGGCGGCCGGCCGAUGGGCAAACGCCUGCGGUGGGCGUUCCCCUAA